AUGUAUGCUUUCCAUCGCUUACGUGCGACACAUGUAUACUUCUAUAAAUCAUGUAAUUUCCUUAAAAUUGAGCUACUUAAAAUAUUCCAGACAGCGCCUUUCAGUCGAUCUUCACAAAAUUGUAUUGUCAAUGGCAUACAAUGUUCAAAUGAACCAUGGGUAGUGGAAAUAAUUGUUUUACAUCGUCAAAAAUGGAAACAUUUGUGCGGAGGUACUUUGAUACACCCUAAUUGGGUAGUCACUGCAGCACAUAGUUUUUUUCAUCCUGGUAAAGAAAAUCAACCAUUUGCACCCAAAAACGCUUAUAAAGUUUGCAUAGGUUCACCUAAACUGUGUAGCGGUAUUCAGUACAAUAUAUCUGCCAUUCAUCACCCGUCGUUCGAAAUCACGUGGGAUAGGAAACUUGUGUUAAAUGAUUUAGCAUUGAUAAAACUACCUUUAAGUAUACCAGACCAUUUGGCUUCACCAAUUCCCUUGGCAACAAAUUCAAAAGAAUGUUAUGUGAAUCGCACAGGCUAUAUUUUUGGAUGGGGAGCAACUACAAAAAAUGAACGAGAUAUAAAUGACUUUAGUCCAUACUUGCAGAAAGGUUCCGUUACGAUUGCUGAUAAUAGCCAGUGCAGCGAUAUAACCGCACGAUUAGACGAUGGGAAAAUUUGUAUUGAUUGUGACCAAUCACCAUCUGUGGCAUGUAAUGGAGACAGUGGAGGCCCAUUAGUAGUGAAACAAGAAAACGGUCGUUUUGUUUUAAUUGGUAUUAGCAGUUACGGCGACCGUAACUAUGAAAAUUGGGAUAUUUAUACACGAAUUACAGCACAUUUGGAAUGGAUACAUCACAUUAUAAAAUUUCAUGACGUAGAACUCUUUAUGAAUGAUCAGAAAAAUUUAAUUGACACGUCAUUAGAUUAA